AUGCAGGAACAAUUCACCGCCCAGAGCCAGAUACGAGAUAUCGAGGAACAGAAAAUGCCUGUCAUUCAACUUCGCCUGUCCAAAAUCCAAGACGAUAUUGCCUUCCUAGAGCGACAGAUCGAAACCGGGACCCGCGGCCGCGCCGCCGCCAAGAGACGCCCGGACGAGCUUAAAGGGGAGAAGGAAGAGCUUGACAAGGUUAUUAGCAUGGCUCGAGAAGGUCUGAAAGCUGCAGAAGCUAGUCGCGUGGCGGCUAUGGAGAUAGCUGCUGAGAUUAGGAACGACAUCAAAGAACUCCAUGGUAUAAGUGGUCGGGCCGAGAAAGAUCAAUGGAUUCAAGGGCGCUUGCAGAAGCAUGCCGACGAGGAUAAGCUAUUGAGGGCACAAGCUGAGUCUUUGUUUGGCUCAAACUGGGAGGAACGCUUUGCCGCCCAGUCGGAUGUGCGUGAGCAGUGGGACUAG